AUGCAGGAGCACGAAGCAGCAUUAACGACUCCGCCAGCUGGGCUCCCUGCGGAGCGGUUGAACCGAGAACACCACGGAUUGAGGAUUGUAGAAACGAAGCCCAAAGCAAACAUACAACUGGGAUGGGAGGUGGCUGAAGACGCGAUAUCGACCCGUAGAGGGCUAAGGAUGUACAAGCCGGAAGAGACCGCAGACAAGGAUGCGCUAUACCGCCAAAUGACGGGCGGACUUGACCCACUCCUGAAGUACAACAGAAAGAAGCAGCCGGACAUCCCUGAGAAGACAAGGCAGCGACUAUACGGCAUUCCCGGGAGAAACAUAUUCAACUACGACGUUGAAAUACGCAAGGAAUGUAAAACCCCUGCUCCCAACCUUGAUCAAUGCAUGAUCCCUAAGGAGGACGCGAAAGUUAUGGACACCAAUAUUCCCCGUAUGAGCAUUGCGAUGCGAAGUUCCUUGGAGGAGUCGCUGCUGCCAAAGGAGCAAUGCAUCCUCCGACAAAACAGCAAGCAGGUGUCCAGCAAGACCUACGAAUCACAUAUAGAGCCUGGGUACGUCACCACCGAGCCACCCAUCAAGACGGCACGCUUGUCACCAUUCAGGUACACCACCAAUCUAGAAGCGGGGCUGGUGCCAGCGUCGGAUGAGCCCUGGAGGGCCCGGCGCCAUUUCAGCGAAGCGAACACCCAUUGCUACGACUGUACGUCCCCUGACCAAAAUCAACAUUAG